CUUCGUUUCCACUCUGUCUGUGAUCUGUCGCUCUCUUUCUUUUUCUCAAUCUGUUGCUGUUCUAAAUUUUGAACCUCGACGACGAAUUCUCUGCUUCAGGGAACAUUGAAAGCUCGGUUCCUGUCGCCAUUUCUUUCCCUCUCGAAGAUUUCAUUCUCGCGCUUUUUUCUCUCUGGUUUCCGAGCUUCCUUCCACAAUGAACGAUCUUCUUUCGGAUUCCUUUGAGAUCCCUCGGGGUCAGCCUUCUAGAGGAGGAGACAUUGAGCUUGGAACAAAUGCUCCUACAAGUGCAGGAGAUCUGGGCUUGGAUGAUUUCUUUAAAAAGGUCCAAGAUAUUGAAAAACAGAAUGAGAAGCUGGACAGGUUAUUGCGAAAGCUCCAGGAUUCACACGAGGAGUCCAAAGCUGUGACUAAAGCUCCAGCAAUGAAAGCAAUCAAGCAGCGAAUGGAAAAGGAUGUUGAUGAAGUUGGAAAAGUUGCACGUUUUGUGAAGAGCAAGGUCGAAGAACUUGACAAGGAGAAUCUGGCAAAUAGGCAGAAGCCUGGAUGUGGUAAAGGAUCAGGUGUAGAUAGAUCAAGAACAGCAACUACUCUUUCCUUAAAAAAGAAGUUGAAAGACAAGAUGACUGAGUUCCAGAUUUUGCGGGAAAAAGUUCAUCAAGAGUAUCGGGAGGUUGUUGAGAGACGGGUUUUCACAGUCACGGGCACUAGGGCUGACGAAGAGACCAUCGAGAAAUUAAUCGAAACUGGGGAUAGCGAACAAAUUUUUCAGAAGGCAAUUCAAGAACAAGGGCGAGGACAGGUAAUGGACACUCUAGCUGAAAUUCAAGAGCGUCACAGCGCAGUUAGAGAACUGGAGAGGAAGUUACUCGAGCUACAGCAGGUAUUUCUGGACAUGGCUGUUUUGGUAGAUGCACAGGGGGAUAUGCUCGACAAUAUCGAAUCACAUGUUACAAGUGCAGUAGAUCAUGUGCAACAAGGGAACACUGCACUUCAAAAGGCAAAGAAGCUUCAAAAGAAUUCAAGGAAAUGGAUGUGCAUUGCCAUAAUAAUCCUUCUAAUCAUUGUUGUGGUGGUAGUAGUGGGAGUCCUAAAGCCAUGGAAUAGUGGUAAGGGUGCGUAAGUGGUCUCCAUCAUCAUAUCAUCUCUCUGUUAUAUCAUUUCUCAAAGGAGUUGUUGUACCUCUACCUCUACCUCUGCCUGGACCUGCAAUUUGUGUUGUUGAUCCAUUUUUUGGAACAAAGCUUCUAGGUGUGUGUGUGAUAUUGUUUGCAAGAAGAAGCAUAUAUAAAUAUAUGUGAGUAUAUUCUUUAUAUCUUCACACAAAACGCCCAUCUGCUUCAGCUUUCUCUGAAAUUAUACACCUUUUCUUUUCAUGUUCAGUUCAUUCAAUCAAGGAACCCAUUAUGAGCUAUAUAUGAAAGAACUGUAAUUUCAUGGUUA